GAAUUAUCUUUUCCCCUUGUUUAUGAUCCGAAAAACUCUGGUAUUUCCCGUCCUCCUCCCCCUCUCCUCUCCGUCCUCGGAAUCUUACUCCCGUUCCAACUCCACCGCAAUCCGCGGGCACCUCAAAAGCCGGAACAGCGCCUCGGCCUCGAGCUCACCCAGUUCACCGCGAUUUGAAGCCCCAUGGCGGGAGCACCCCCGAUCGACCCUCCGCGGCCCGCCCGCGGCGACGCCGCCACUUGCGGGUCUCCCGUCAGGUGGGACGAAGACGACGACGGCGACGGCAUGGUCGCCUUGGCGGGACUCGGCCUAUUUGACCAAGAGGCAGACGAUCCUCCUGCCAACACUGGCACAAUCAUCGACCCUGAUACUGUCACCGCUAACGACUGCAGCACUGAUACGACUGAAGGUUCUGCUAAGAAGGAAUCAGGGCAGUAUUUCUACUAUGGCGCACCAGUCCAUGAACACACCGGCAUCUGGGUGCCUGUUUCUGUUCCACCGAUGACAGAGCAUGACCACGAGGAGUGGCGCAGGGGCCUUGGCUGUAAUGGCGGCUACUUCCCAGAAGAGGUGUUCCAGUGGGAGCUAGACGAGGAAACCAAGGAGAUGACAAUGUGGGAUGUAUUUUCCGAGAUGGUCGUUGCAGCAAAAGACAAAGCAAUCUCUGUCGCGACCUGUGAUCUUGGGAGAUGUGGGAUGUCCAUGGUGUCCAACUUGUUCCUCCAAGAAGCCUGGAAGGAUAUGGCGCAAACGCUUGCGGAUGCCAACGCUGAUAUCGCAAAUGAGCUCCUCGAGACGGAAUUGACAAAGUGGCUGCCUGACAGCGCAUCGAGUACCUGCAUGCUGUGCGGCGUGCGCUUUCAUCCGAUAAUGUGCUCUCGCCACCACUGCCGUUUUUGUGGUGGAAUAUUUUGCAAUGGCUGUUCAAAGGGUAGAAGCUUGAUGCCUCCCAAAUUUAAGACUUCGGAACCCCAAAGGGUUUGCGAUGUUUGCGGGGUACGCAUAGAGAGCAUCCAACCUUACUUGAUGAAUCAGAUCAGUCGUGCUUCACAGCUUCCAACUCAUGACGUGACGGAUUUGAGUACAUUGAGGUCAUGGCUGAACUUCCCUUGGACACACACAAUGGAACACGAGAUAUACAAGGCUGCAAAUUCUUUACGCAGCUACAGCAAGGUGGGAAGACUUAAAUCAGAGAAGGCUAUCCCUGAUACAAUUCUUAAACAAGCAAAAGGCCUUGCUAUAAUUACUGUAGUAAAGGUCGGGAUGAUGGUCACAUACAAGGUUGGUACUGGGCUGGUCGUUGCUCGAAGAGCCGACGGUUCCUGGUCACCUCCUUCAGCAAUCUCCACUUGUGGUAUCGGAUAUGGAGCUCAGGCUGGCGGUGAGUUAGCAGACUUCAUUAUCGUGCUGAGGAACACAGAUGCCAUCAGAACAUUCAGUGGAAAGGCACAUCUGUCAGUAGGUGCUGGUGUUGGUGCUUCUGCUUGUCAUGUCGGGCGUGUAGCUGAGGCUGAUUUUCGUGCUGGCGAUGGUGGUUAUGCUGCAUGCUAUACAUACAGUUGUAGCAAAGGUGCUUUUGUGGGAUGUGCGCUCAACGGUAGCGUUGUAUCCACUCGAGACACUGAAAACGCUCGAUUUUACGGUGGUCUCAUCAAGGCACCUGAUAUCCUUCUGGGAUCCAUGGACAGGCCGCCUGCAGCCGCCGCGCUCUACAAAGCACUGUCUGAAUUGUUUGACAGGAUUGGAAAGUGAUCACUCUUGCCCUAGGUCUCCACCACUUGUUGCUCCUGGUAAAUAUGCCCCGUCCUCUCUGUAUAUAUAUAGCUGAUUGGAUUCUGGCUCGGCACUCUUCAAUUAUUGGUUGGUAGGAAUUAAGCAAUUGUGCAGUCUACCAUUCAUCUAUUGUGACAAAAGGUUUCGUCGUCAUCGUGUUACCACGAAACGCCUUGUAAAUACUUGUACAUUGGAUCCAAACUCGCCCUAAGAAUCAUGCAAUACAAGAAAAAGUUCUCCAUUUACCUUGAA